UAGUUGCAAGUCGUUAGUUGUGGUUAUUGAAAAGUGGAUUCCGUAGCAGGGAAUUCUUGUCUGAGCUGGAUUUUCUCGCCCCCCCACCCACUGCCUAGCUGGCCAUUUUUAUAACUGCAUCUAAUUGUCUUCGCUCUUUUUGAACGCCCAUUGCAAACUCCGGGCAAUCUGUUCGUCGGCUGCGCUGGGCUAAUUGUGCCCGGAAGUGUUUUGCAACCUAGGCCAACUAGGCGAGCGAAGAUCACCUGAAAAAAGAUCAAAAUGGGAUUCAUCUUUUCAAAGUCCGUCAAUGAAAGCCUGCAGAAUCAGAAGGAAUUCAUGCUUAUGAAUUCCCGACUUCAGCUAGAAAGGCAACUUCUGAUGCAAAAUCAAAUGCGUGAGAGACAGAUGGCCAUGCAGAUUGCGGGCACAAGGGAGUUUCUCAAGUAUUUUGGAACAUUUUAUGGCCUUACAACUGUGGGCCUAACAAUUGGAGCAAUAAAAAAUAAGAAACCUCAACUCUUUAUUCCACUUAUACCUCUGGGCUUUAUACUUGCCUAUCAGUACGAUAAGGGGUAUGGAACUUUACUACAAAGAAUGAAAUGUGAAGCCGAGAACAUAAUUGACACAGACUCUGCUGUGCUAGAAAUGCCAAAAGGACCUAUCACUUUUGAUGAUCUCGAAAAAGCCAGAAGAGCACAAAGCAAAAUUUUUAUUGAGAAAUAAAAUAGGUAUGGUUAUAAUCAUAUUGCUGACUUAAACUCUGACACAAGCAUGGUAUGUGGGGCCUUUUCUGAAACUUGAAAAGUUCAUCAUCUUGUCCAUCAGAAAAGGAAUAUAAGGGUGCUAAAACCAGACCUUCGUUCUCCGUCCCAAACAAAGAGAGGCAUAUUUUUAACUAUUUUAAUUAGGAGCAGGAACAGUUAGUUUCUAUUGAUGAUCACUGACUCGAAUUGCUGACCAAAUAAAGUGAUUUUUUUUAAAAAAAUGUAUUGCCUGUAUACCACCUGCUUUAUUAAAUAAAACCAUGUAAAACCA